AUAUUCAGGGAAGGGACCUUGUUUAAACACCCACUACAAACUAUACAACACCCAAAGCUUAACCAUAACAACUGACAUUUAGACACCCCCUGACAACGCUAACCCUAAUUCCAGCUUCUUAACAGUUCACAGACACUCAAAAUGGACACCAUCGGAGUCCUAAUGACCUGCCCAAUGUACUCAUACCUCGAGCAAGAACUAGACGCUCGCUUCAAUCUCUUCAAACUCUGGCAACACUCCUCAAAAGUUGACUUCUUGAAAACCAAUCAACACAAAAUCAAAGCAAUUGUGGGUAACACUAAAAUUGGCGCAGAUGCUGAGCUGAUUGAUGCAUUGCCAGAACUGGAGAUUGUGGCUACUUUCAGUGUGGGACUGGAUAAAAUUGAUUUAAGAAAGUGUAAAGAGAAGGGAAUUAGGGUUACAAAUACCCCCGAUGUGUUGACUGAUGAUGUUGCUGACCUGGCAAUCGGAUUGAUAUUGGGGGUUUUGAGGAACAUUUGUGCUUGUGAUGGAUAUGUGAGAAGUGGGAAGUGGAAAGACGCUGAUUUUGAAUUGACAACCAAGUUUAGUGGUAAAUCAGUUGGAAUUCUUGGAUUGGGCAGGAUUGGUGCAGCGAUUGCGAAGAGAGCUGAAGCUUUUGGUUGUUCCAUAAGUUACCACUCUAGAUCUCAAAAACCAAAUUCAAAUUACAAAUACUUCUCAAAUGUCAUAGAUUUGGCCAAAAAUUGUCAAAUCUUGGUUGUGGCUUGUGCUUUGACAGAGGAAACGCAACAUAUCAUCAAUCAAGAGGUCAUUGAUGCAUUGGGUCCAAAGGGCGUUCUUAUCAACAUUGGAAGAGGUGCACAUGUUGAUGAACGUGAGCUUGUGUCUGCACUGCUUGAAGGCCGGCUAGGUGGUGCAGGGCUUGACGUAUAUGAAAAUGAACCUGAGGCUCCUGAACAACUUUUGGGCCUUGGCAAUGUUGUCCUUCUGCCUCAUGUGGGAAGUGAUACUAUAGAGACCAGCAACGCAAUGGCAGACCUUGUGAUCGCCAACUUGGAGGCACACUUCGACAACAAACCUCUCUUGACUCCAGUAAUAUGAUUAUGUGAGGGAACGUGUUGUUGAUUGAUCUGGAAGCUUGAGCUCUUACUGUCAUUUAGGUAUCCUUAGGUUCUACUGAUAUUUGUUAUAUUAACAUCAUGGUUUCUGCUAUCUUGGAAGUCCAUUUAAUGAUUUUCACUUGUUAGCUAGGAUUUCAAAACAUUUACAGUGAUUUGAUAAUCUUACAAGUUACAAUACUCAUCUAGUUUAAGUA